AGCGCUAUAAAGCGGGAGAAAGCCCGGCGGCCCGCAGUCCCGCGAUAGGCGCACGCGCACCUACACUCUGCACACGUAUCUCGUUCACGUUCUUUGCUGUGAACCGCAGUUUUCCCGAGUGAUAUUUUGUGCGCCGCAUGAAUAUGAGAAGCGGCAGAAGUACGACCGGAGAGCGGUUUCGGAGGCUGGCAACACUGUGGCUGGCGUUGACUGCGCUGAGUGCGAUGGCACGCGCGUACGCCGUGCCGGUCGACGACGCUGUGCCCGACGAGCUCGACGCGUUUGACGCCGACGACGACGAGCUGGCACUCGACCAGGAGGAGUCGAGAAAUUUGCGGCCACGCGCUUAUACUACUGGCGCAUAUAACGCUUUGCCCAGUGGCUUCCGACCGACACCCUCUCUAGCCGAGCUGGCGGGGUACCAGCGCGGGCCGCAGCAGGAGCCCUCAGCCGCACCGCAGCAUUACACAGAGCAGCAUGGGCAGCUACAGGGCCAGUUGCAGAGCCAGUUGCAAAGCCAGUCGCAGGGCCGACCGCCGCAGCGCAAGGUGGCGCAGGCGCAACGUCCACAGGCUCAGGCGCAGUUGGAGGAGGUGGAGGCAGAUGAGGAGCGCGAGGAACCGGACCGGCUGGCGCAGCUGCUGCAGCAGUCGCGGUUCGAUUGUGUUGGCAAGCAGUCGGGCUAUUACGCAGAUCAGGAGCUCGCCUGCGAGGUCUUCCACUAUUGUCAGGACAGCGUUAAACACUCCUGGAUUUGUCCUGACGGUUUCACAUUCCAUCAAGUUCAUCUGAUCUGCAUGCCGCCCACGCACGACAACAUUUGCCAGAAGUCAGCCAAAUACCACUUCGUCAACGAGUACCUGUAUCGGCCGAUCAACCAGGAGGAAGUGCAACGCAAACCCAACGUGUCGCUUAAGUACUCCGACCGGUACUAUCCCGCCGAGGUGUACCACGACGAUCGCUUCGAGGAGGACGAGGACGGUGACGAGGAGGAGGCCCCGAGAAAGGCGACGCCCGCGGCGGCGCGCCUCGCUUCGUCGGCGGCGACCCCGGCUGCGCGGCCGCAGCCCACGGCUCAGGUGUUCCGCUCGCCGGAAGAGGUGAACAUACCGCUGUUGCAGCGCAGGCCGCAGCGCCCCUACGACUUCGACUUCUGACCCGGCGAGUAGUCCGGUUCGGCUGGCUCGGCCCGCUCCCACCGCCGCGUCGCGUACAUUUAUCAAAAAUACUAUUUAUACUUAUAUUGUUUAAGUUUUGUGUCACAAAUUAGUUGUAAGCUAGUCUCAUAAUAGGUAUUAAGGAGCGCUGUUGAUUGAGUAAACGAGUGAUUAUAGCAACGUUUAUUUCAUUAAAA